AUGAACCGGCUUCAAGUAAUCAUCCGUCAAAAGGAGCAAGAGGAAGCCCAAAGGAUGAACAAAGCUAUCGAGGCUAACCUUGACAAAAUUAAAGCCAAGUUGGAUGCAUGGGAUUCUUACCGUAGACAAAGCAUCUCCACGGAAGAAUGUGGAGAAUCAACCGAAGAGCGGAGCAUGGAGUGUGUCGUGCAACAAGUGGAAAUGAUGGAGAUUGUUGAUGAAGAAGAAGUGGUUGAAAGCCUAGGAAAGUGGUUCAACGGUUGUGGCUUGUGGGAAGUUAUUGGUUCCUUCGUCAUUGGAUUCUCUGGAGCACUUGGCUUGUUAAGAAUCCUAAUUUACAAGGUAUAUGUGGAUGGAACAACUACCAUGUCUACUCAUGAAAUGAAAGCUAGCAUUAGAGAAUUCUAUGCAGUAAUUUAUCUGUCUUUGUUACAACUUCAGAAAGGGGUUACAGAUUUAAAGGAUAAGAAACAGAAGGCUGUUUGUAUGGAGAGGUAUCGAAAAAGAGACGAUGAGGAUCAUCAACAAUAUUCUGAUAUAGACAUUGAAAGAGAAGAAGAAUGUGGAAUAUGCAUGGAAGUGAAUAGUAAAAUUGUGUUGCCUAACUGCAUCCAUGCUAUGUGCCUGAAAUGUUACUGUGAAUGGUACUCACUGUUUCUUGGUUGCUACUGCAUCAUGAUUCUUUGUACUUUUCCAUCAAUAUAUUUUUGUAGUUGAAUGUUAUUUGGCAGUGUUUAGGGUGCUUUCAUGCUUAGUUGUUGAUUAGCACUAGAAUAUUGUUAUGAGAAAGAAGGCAAUGAAGGGCAAUAUUGACUGCAAUAUUGGUGCUUAAGUUGUUUGCAAUAUGUUCUUAGAUAAUUCAUCAAAAACAUUGUCUUCAAUUUUAGAUAUCCAAUAUCAUCAUCCGAUUGAAAUUUGGUUCGAUACAUGAUAAUAUAUCUACUUAGUGUUUUGGGUCUUUACAUUGAUAAUUCUUUUGCAAUAGUAAUGGUUCAUCAUUGGAUGCAAUAGCAGAUACUGACUGAUUUAGUUAGUGGUACUUAGUGGGAAAAUGUUGUGUGGUAUUGUGUUGUUGCAAGCAAGCAAAUGGUAGGAAUAUUUCUUACCCUAUGGGUUAGAAGUGAAUUAAAGGAUCAUAUUGGGAACAUGAAAGUGUCUUGUGUUGGCAGAAGACUCAUGGGUUAUCUUGGAAAUAAUCAAUUUCAAUUCAUAAACAUAGUAUUCAAUUACACUCUGCCUUGUGGUGUGGCGGCACUCUCGAAUGUGCUAAUAUGUAAUUUCACCUUUGUCUAACGCAUGAUCAGUACCGUUCAUAAUCAUCAUGAAUGUUGUUACCUACUCACGCCAGCUUCUAUCAAUUAACGGGAGUGGAUCCUCUCCAGUAAAGAAAAAACUGGAUGGUGUCAAUUGUGAUCUCUCACCUUUUAUUACACUCUCUCUCAUAUUUAAUUUUGGCCCCACUUAUAAAGUUAAUGGUGAAAGAUCACACUGCAUUUCCUCAAGUGUUGAAAAAACUGGAGAGGAUCCAUUUCCAUCAAUUAACAACACUCACUUUCCAUUGUCUCAUAUACCUUCUUAUGAUAAAUCACAGUGCUGCACAAUCAUUAGGAAAUGGAAGAGGGUGAUUUUUCAUUCUUAUUCAUCAUUUUUAAAUUGUUUUUUCAGAGAAUAUUUAUGAUGACUGAAUGAAGAUGAAAAUAUAAUUAAGAUAGUCAACAUUAUUAUUAUUAUUAUUUUGUUCUUGUAAUAAUGCAUAGAAAUUUAAUUUGUUUUCAGAGAAUAUUUAUGAUGACUGAAAGAAGAUGAAAAUAUAAUUAAGAUAGUCAACAUUAUUAUUAUUAUUUUGUUCUUGUAAUAAUGCAUAGAAAAUGAGAAGGGUAGUUAUGAUAAUGUAUACUGAUAGCUAUAGUGAUUGGAAAAGAAAAACUGUAGAAAGAAUUUGAAAAGAAAUGAUUUAGUUAAU